AUGUCCUUGUGUUAUUUUGUCCGUCGAUUCGUAUCCCCAGGCUGCUCCGAUUCCUAUCCGGGGCAUCUCACUUUUCUACCCGAUAUCCUGGACACAGACAACCAUGGCCUGUUGGAAUUGGCGACAUUAAGCGUUGCCCAGAUUGCCGCUUUCAAUCAGUAUGGGGGAGAUCAACUUUUACGGAACGCCCACAAGAACCACGGGCGUGCCAUACGGCAGUUGCGUGACGCGAUCAACGCGAACACUCUUUAUCCCGAUGACAAGAGCACGACAGCUGUCUUGAUGCUCAGCGCGUUCAUUGUUCCUGCGCAGGAUGUGAGCGGCGAGAACUCGGGAGAUCCGAAAAGCCAUGCAUCAGGGCUGUACUAUCUUCUUGAGAGGAGAGGUCCCGAACAGCUGUCCACCAGGGUAGGAUUUGAGCUCUAUGUCCUGGCUCUGAUCAGACUGCAAGUUUAUUGCUUUAUUUACAAUGAUAUUUCGUACAUAGACCCCUGCGGAAUAAGCGAGGUUUUGGGAUUCUUGAAUCCCAUCAUGCAAGCCUUUUACAUGGUCUCCAGGACACUAAAACUCCGCCAUUCUUUACUGUUUGCGGACAGAACUGCCUACAAUUCACCUCACAAUGUUGACGGAUCCGAAUUCGAUGGCGCCGAAAGCAUCAAAACGGACGAGGCAGCGAUUUUGCAGGAAUGCUUCGACGCACUCGAGAAGUUUCAUAGAUGGGAUUCCGAAGCCGGCGACUAUUGGAAGAGCACCUUUGGGGAUCGCACCGAGCCAUCGACGCUUAAUGAUCCUGCCGCCGCUACGCGCCACUUCGACUUAGAAACGGCCUGCACCAUGAUCCUGGUACGCUCGGGAAAGCUUAUGCUCCUGGACAGCCUUCUCCACUACCACCAGAACAAGCAACAACUCGACCCUCACGCUGACACAACACCAUUGUUUGGCGAAAAUAUGCUGUCUUUGAUUGAGCAGGGUGUAUGGAACACGAUUGACGACAUGCUCUCAUGUGUACCGUACGCCCUUGGCGAUCUGGACCCUAAUGGGAGACGCAGAGUACUCGACCACGAUGGUGCCGGAGCACUCGUCAUAUUCCAGCCAUUAAGACUUAUCACGUUCUGUCUUUACUCCAAGCCAGAACAGGUGGCGGCUUGUGAGGAAGUCUUGAAGCGUCUCAACACCAGCAUGGGACUGCGGUCAGCCAUUUCUUGGACAAACGACCCGCUCAAUGACGGACAACUGAUGCGCCCCAAUUCCUCCCUAGGAGACGGCCCAUUUAACAUUGUGAACAGCGAGAACCAGAAAAUGCAGGAUCUUGAACGGGACAUGUUUGACGUAUCACUGAAGUAA